CAUGAAGAAUAGUUCAGUUGAAAAUUAUGAUCAAAAUAAUUCCGGUUGACAAGCAAAACAUUUAUGCGACGUGUUUUCAAGGUAUAUUGUGCAAAAUGAAACGCUUACCACGCAAAGGCAGACACGUGUCUUGGACAAUGUGUUUCUUUGUUGGACUAGGAUUUAUAUAUGCAAUAAUUCAUACAGCGGCCGCCAUUGACUGCUACCACUGUGCCUCUCUCCAAGGUGACCACCAGGAGUGUGAGGAUGUGUUUGCUCGGGACAUCACCACUGAGCACUUGAUUGCCCGGGAUUGCAUGACUGGUUAUUGGAAAGGCAGUCACUGUAUCAAACUCAAGGGCAAACGAAUGGACGGAACAUCGAUUUUGAUUCGACAGUGUGCAGUGUCUGACUGGGGCAGUCAUUGUGGACUUAUUGAGUUCGAUGCCAAGGGUAACGAUAACUACGAGGACAUCGACGGUUGCUUGGAAACGUGUGACUACGACGGAUGUAAUCUAGCAACGACACCAUUUUAUAGUAUUGCAAUUAUCAUCUCAUCUGUGACGUUUUGUCUCCUUCAAAUGUCAACUUGAAUAUUCCAAAAAAGGAAACAUUACAAAAGUGGUUGUAUUCAUCAUUUAAAUAAGUUAAUGACAUACUUACACAUCGUUCAUUAUUUCAAACAUUCCUUUAUGAAGACUACCCACAAACAUAGUUAUAAUCAAAGAGCCUAAAUUUUCAUAACAUAAUAUUUGUUUUAAAUAUUCAAGAAAGAAGUCUUGUAUGCAAUACUCUUUUCUGAGUCAAACGAAUCCAUAAAACAAAAACGUUUAAAUGUAUAUAUGAUAAUCUAGAAUAUUAAAUAUAUUGGUCCUGAUCGAAAUAUUAAACUAGUAUGAAAAUAUAAGUCACAGUGGUGUGCUAUCGCUUUAAUAAGCAUUUACUGUUUACAGCUGUUGCAAACAGAAACGUUCGAAUUGUUUUUGUAAAUAUUGUACAUGGUAUAUGCAAUAUGUCCUAUGUCGAUGUUAACGUGUAUAAUUUUAGUAUAACUCAAUUAUUUAAAUACACACAAAAGAAUAUAAUGAAUUAACUAACUUGCAUUUUAUAAUUCAAUUAUUUACAUAGAUUGAAAUGUGUAUGUCUUAUAAUAUAAUACAUGAUUAUAAAACAACCAUGGUUGCUUUUCAGAAAUGAAAACAAUGUUGUUGUUUUUCCAUAUGAGCCGAGUUCUGAGAAAACUGGUCUUAAUGCAUAUGCGAUAAGUCCGCACAGGCUAAUCAGGGACGACACUUUCCGCUUGUAUGGUAUUUUGAGUUUCAAUGAAGUCCCUCCUUACCGAAAAUCAAGUUUAGGCAGAAAGUAUCGUCCCUUAUAAGCCUGUGCGGACUUCAUUACAUUGAGAUCAGCUUUGAAAUUCCCAGAACAAGACUCAAAUGAUCAUAUGAUAAAAUGUUUUAACUAAUUGUUUACACGUAGACAUGCACAUUCGCUUAGCAUAAUUGCAACAUUGCGUGCUCCAAGGACAAUGUAAUUGUAAAUGUCGAACAAACCACGCAUAUCGUUGUUAAUGAUGUCACAAGAAUAAGCACAAUUCAUCGGUGCACACAUGUUUUUCGGAGGAACAUGUUAUAAACCGAAUGUGCAACUGUUUAUUCAAGAAUUUUAAAGUUAUAGUCGUGUAAGCUUCUCUCAGUUUAGACGUUGUUAUUUUUUAAUUAUAUAUAACAGUAUUGUCCAAUUUAAGUGUUGGCGAGUAUUUAUGACAUACACACAUAUUUAAUUGUUUAUAUGCCGACGUUAUUUUUUCUUUGCAUAUUAUAUUUUCUAGAACGUUUAUACUCUUUUUAGGUGCACAAUGAAUGAUAUAUUUGUAUACAGAGUAUUAUGAUUUAAUAUUAUAAUUAUA